GAUCGUGCUCAUGGAUGACGCCAUGGACUGUUUGAUGUCAUUUUCAGAUUUCCUUUUCGCCUUCCAGAUCCAGUUUUAUUAUUCAGAAUUUCUGGAGAGCGUGGCUGCCAUCUAUCAGGACUUGCUGUCAGGGAAGAAUCCCAACACAGUGAUUGUGCCAACAUCAUCCAGUGGGCAGCACCGCCAGCGACCUGCCUUGGGUGAUGCCGGUAUGCUAGAUGGAGUGGAGGCGUCACUGUUCUAUCAACGCCUGGAAAACCUGUGUGACCGGCACAAGUACAGCUGCCCGCCCCCAGCGCUUGUCAAAGAGAUCCUGAGCAAUGUCCAGAGGCUGACUUUCUAUGGAUUCCUUGUGGCCCUCUCAAAGCAUCAUGGCAUCAACCAAGCCCUGGGAGCCUUGCCUGACAAAGGAGACCUGAUGCAUGACCCAGCCAUGGAUGAGGAGCUGGAACGGCUGCUGGUCCAGGUCCCAGGCCUGGUCAACUCCAUCACUGCCACUUCUGAGGCCAGCUGCCUGCCCUUCCGAACCCCUUCCCGGGUUGGUUCCCCAUGGAAACCCCUCCAUCGCUCCCGCAAAUUGGAUGUAGAGAGCGAUGGCUCCACUGAAGAGACAGAUGAGUCUGAGACUUGAAUCUGAAGGGUCCCAUCUGUGGCCUAUACCUUGCUCCCACCCUGCUUUUGCUGCCCUCACCAGACUUCUCCAGCAUCACUGUGCCGCCCUCUGCUGGAGAGAAGGGUGAAUAACAGCCCCAGUAAGACCACCCAGUUCCCAGAAGUCCCCCAACUCAUACUCGCAGACAGCCCUAAGCUGACAUAUGUCCCAAGGCACUCAUCACAGGGAAGGGUAUUGGCUUUAGCCUUUUGUUGGCAGUGCUGCUUAUGUUUUAGUACAAUGUCUUCUCAGCCAGCCCAUGAUCCUCCUAGUAAGGGUCAGCUUUCACAAACAGCUCCUAUAAGGGGAACAUGAAUUAGUAAUGCAGGGUCUUUGUAGUCAAGGGUUGAUCCUGAAAGCAUGUGCUGGGAAAACAUAAUACGCUGGAAUAGGAGGGUGGACGGGCAAGAAUUUUACUUGCAAAAUCUGCUUCCAGUUUGUAUCAAAUAGUCAAAUCUGAAAUGAAUAAAGUCCCUUGUGUCUGGUAA